AUGGCCAUGUCGUUCCACUUCCACCCGCUGGCCGCCUCGCGCGUCCACUUCUCCCCACUCCCGUUCGCCGCCGCCGCGGGGGCGCCCUCCCCCUCCUCCUCCGUCGCCAUCGCGGCGCACCACCAGCACGGUCGCCGCCGCUUCUCCGCCAUCGUGGCCACGGCGGCCGCCGCGUCGGCGGCGACCACGGAGUUCGACUUCAAGGCGUACAUGGGGGAGCGCGCGGUCGCGGUGAACCGGGCCCUGGACGCGGCCGUCCCCGCCGGGGAGCCCCCCGCGGCGCUGCACGACGCGAUGCGUUACGCGCUGCUGGCGGGCGGGAAGCGCGUGCGCCCCGCGCUGUGCCUGGCCGCGUGCGCCGUGGUGGGCGGGCCGGAGCCCUGGGCCAUGCCGGCCGCGGCGGCCGUCGAGAUGGUGCACACCAUGUCGCUCGUCCACGACGACCUCCCCUGCAUGGACGACGACGACCUCCGCCGCGGCAAGCCCACCUGCCACGUCGUCUACGGCGAGCCCAUCGCCGUCCUCGCCGGGGACGCGCUGCUCUCGCUCUCCUUCCACCACAUGGCCAGCGUCGGGUCCUACCCUCCGGACGUGGACCCGGAGAAGCACCCCGCCCGCGUCGUCCGAGCCAUUGGGGAGCUCGCGCGCUGCAUCGGAUCCGAGGGACUCGUCGCCGGCCAGGUUGUCGAUCUCGAGAUGACGGGCACAUCAGAGACGGUGCCCCUCGAACGCCUCGAGUACAUCCACCUCCACAAGACCGCCGCAUUGCUCGAGGCCUCGGUGGUGAUUGGGGCGAUCAUCGGAGGCGGCACGGACGAGCAGAUCGAGAGGCUGCGGAAGUACGCGAGGUCGAUCGGGCUGCUGUUCCAGGUGGUCGACGACAUACUCGAUGUCACCAAGUCGUCAGAGGAGCUCGGCAAGACGGCGGGGAAGGACCUGGCAAGCGACAAAACGACGUACCCGAAGCUGCUGGGGCUAGAAAAGUCGCGGGAGUUCGCGGAGGAGUUGCUCUCUGAUGCCGUAGAGCAGCUUGCUUGCUUCGACAAGGAGAAGGCAGCGCCUCUGUUGCAUCUGGCCAACUAUAUCGCCCAUAGGCAGAACUGA